GAUGUUUCAGAAAAGAAAUUUGAGAACUGGUGAUCCAGUCCUUUUCUCUUGAUGACUAAGUUGAAGCAACGACAUGUCAUACCCAUUAACAUCAAUAGAUCCUGAUCAAACUAUAAAUAUUAGUACAUAAGUCCUCACAUUCUCAAGCAUCAGAAGUUCCUGUUAUUGAAGUCCUUACUGACAUCUCUUUUGUUUACACAAACACACCAAAAAUUAUGGGUUUCCAUUUGCCUGAAAUAGUUCGCGCAAAGCAAAUUCUUCAGAGAUCUUCUGCAGGAUAUCGAACAGCUUCAAUAACAAUGGACGUGCCAAAGGGCUAUGUUGCUGUUUAUGUUGGCGAAAACCAGAGAAAGCGAUUCGUAAUUCCGAUAUCAUACUUAAACCAGCCUUCAUUUCAAGACUUACUUAGCCAAGCUGAAGAAGAGUUCGGGUAUGAUCAUCCGAUGGGUGCUCUCACACUUCCCUGUAGCGAAAACGUGUUCUUUGAUGUCAUUUCAUCCUUAAAAAGGUCAUGAGAGAGAUACUGUGAGCAUAAUUUUGUAACUACUUUGUUUAGAGGUAGAUGUACGAUGUACAGACAGAGCAUUAGCACUACUGAAUUAAAUCUUUUCUUUUUCUUCAUAAGCUGCUGUUCUUCUCUUAUUGAUAUUUAGAAUUCUGCAACACUACUGUACUAUUGAUAUACAACAAUUUCCCAUGAUGGAAAGAGGAAGAUUUGUAAUUUCCCUGACUGAUAAAACAAAGUAAAGCUAAUACGUGAUCUUACAUUUCCCUGCA